AUUGCGUCCGUGCUCGAAUACACGGUACCAAGAAAACACACGGCUACUCGUUGCAUGUGUUCAGUGUGUCACUGCGUACAACCGCGGAAAAGGAUUUCCUUCCAGCGCGUGUGUUGAAAAAUUGCGUGUGUGCGUGUGUGAGGUUAUUAUUUUUUUUUGGUUACGUUCCCAGAAGCUUCCACCGUUUCGCUAAACGCGCACUCCGAUUAUCCUCCCGCUACGAUGGCGAUGCUGGAGGGCACCCUGUCCAAAUGGACGAACGUCAUGAAAGGUUGGCAGUAUCGGUGGUUCGUUCUGGAUGAAAACGCCGGAUUGCUGUCGUACUACACCUCCAAGGAAAAAAUGAUGAAAGGUGUGCGGCGCGGCUGUGUACGUCUAAAGGGUGCCAUCAUCGGCAUAGACGACCAGGAUGUGAACACAUUUACGAUCACCGUCGAUCACAAAACGUUCCAUUUUCAGGCGCGCGAUGCAGAGGAACGCGAAAAAUGGGUUCGUCGCCUGGAGGACUCGAUACUGCGGCAUGCAAACCGUAGCAGAGCACUGUGGGAUCAGCAGUACAAUAACGGCAGCGGCAGCACGAGCGCACAGAGCAGCGCGAUGGGUUUUACAUCCGGUGGACCGGGCAGUGGCAACGGUGUGGGUGGCGGAACGCCCGGCUCCAGUAUCCGGCGCUCAAACAAUCUGGUACUGUUCGAUCGGAAGGUAACGGAGGCGGACGCGUUUCUACAGCUAAUGAUUGACCAAACAACGAAACUGGAGGCGAGAUUGGAAACGCUUGGUGAGACGGAGGAAGCAACCCACCUCAAAAAUAUCAACGAGCACGCCAACGCAAUGCUUGAUAACAUAAAACAUUCGAUAGUGCUUCUACAGAUCGCCAAGAACACCGCAAACCCGAUCAACGGCAUCUACCAGGGUCCUAUAUGCAGUAAGUCCGAAACGGAAACUGAACCCAGCGAGUCCGGUCUGGCCGUUGGUGUGCUGUCGUCUUCGCUACCGACCGACAUCGAGGUUGCCGACGAAUGCAGAGAAAAUUCGCGGCGUGUCAACAUUGCACAUGCUUCUAUCAGCGUGCCGGAAACGUCCUACUCGAGUUCGGAGGGCGAGGACGACUUCUUCGAUGCGAACGAUUCUCCGUUUUCCUCUAGUCAAUUAACCACACCGACAAGCAACACUCGAACGCUUUCCGAGCACACUGCCCGCUUGUCGGUGGAGGAACACUAUGCAUCGGCCGAGGACAGCACGAGCAUUUCGCUGAAGAAGCAGGAAAGUCUCGUCGGUUCCAACACCACGUCCAUAUCAGCCGGCCAGAGCGUCCCACUCGUCAGUACCGGUAGCGACGGUGUACCCCGACCCGGGUUACACGAUCCACUGCCGCUUGCAUCCGGUGUGCCUCGCAAAUCGUACGACUCGAAAGCACUACCGAUACGCACCGAUGGCAGCCUCGACUACGAUGCCUUGUACGAAGACGAAUCCGACAACGAUCUGUCGAUGGAGUCGCACGGUUCGGUCGUGACGCAUCUGCUCUCCCAGGUGAAGAUCGGCAUGGAUCUGACGAAGGUGGUCCUGCCGACGUUUAUCCUCGAGCGGCGAUCCCUGCUGGAGAUGUACGCCGACUACUUUGCCCAUCCGGAUCUGUUUCUGCGGAUAGCGGAUCUAAAGGAGCCGCGCGAACGGAUGGUACAGGUCGUCCGGUGGUACCUCAGUGCGUACCAUGCCGGGCGCAAGAGCUCCGUCGCGAAGAAACCGUACAAUCCGAUCCUGGGCGAAAUAUUCCAGUGCCACUGGGACAUUCCGGAGCUGCCAACGGGUGACGAGACGUCAAACGUGGAGGUACAAGACGGACCGGUGCCCUGGUGCCGCAGGGACCAACUAACCUUUAUCGCCGAGCAGGUCUCGCAUCAUCCGCCAAUAUCAGCGUUCUAUGCUGAACAUCACAACAAGAAGAUCAGCUUUUCCGCGCACGUGUGGACAAAGUCAAAGUUUCUUGGCCUUUCGAUAGGUGUGCACAACAUUGGUCAGGGUACGGUGACGCUGUGUGAUCUCAACGAGGAAUACAUCGUCACCUUUCCUAAUGGUUAUGGACGAUCCAUCCUAACGAUACCGUGGAUCGAACUCGGUGGUACGAUAACCAUCACCAGUCCACAAACGGGCUAUCGAGCGGAUAUAGACUUCAUCACGAAACCAUUCUACGGUGGCAAAAAGAAUCGAAUACAGGGCGAGAUCUACGGACCGAACGACAAGAAGUCCUUCAUCAGCAUUAGCGGGGAAUGGAGCGGCCUAAUGGAGUACAAAUUCAACGAUGGCAGUAAACCCUCCAAGUUUGAAACGUUCGUCGACGUGAAUAGCAUACCGAUCUACAAGAAGAAGGUCCGUCCGGUGGGCGAACAGGAUGAGAAUGAAUCACGCAAAGUUUGGCGUGAGGUGACGGCCGGUUUGAAGAUGAACGACAUCGAAAAGGCAACGAAUGCAAAGUUUCAGGUGGAACAGAAGCAACGCGAAGAAGCCAAAGAGCGAAAGGAAACGUUCGGUGAAUGGGAAACGAAGUACUUCAAGGGUAUCGGUGAAUCGUGGAUAUACACCACGCCACUAUUACAUAGGUUAACGCUGGAAAAACGGGAUAGCAAAAGAUAGCAAUCGAACGAACAUAACACCACCAACAAUGGUAGCACUAGCACGUAAGCAGAUACUUUGGAUAUAGCAGAUAUAUCUAUAUACAUAUACUAUACAAUAUACAUAUUAUAUACAACACCUAGAACACACGCAACAACAUUAAAAAAAAACAAAAUGUUAAAAGAAGCAGUUGAAGAAGAAAGACGAACGUGUGAAGUGGUAGGUAAUGCGCAACCAUUCACUUUCAUUUACUAAUCGCUGCCAGUAAAAUACGGUUUUUGUUUAACAGCUGCAGCAGAAGAAGCUACAAUUUAGGUUAGGUAAGAUAGAUUGUUUGUUCUGUUAGGAGAAAGUUAGCCGAAAGGAUUCUUUAGCGAAGCAUACACAAUGUACACGUCCUAUUAAACGUGGAGAGUGAAGUGGCAUUUCUCAUCAGUAUCUCAAUUUGUGUGUUGAGUGUGUGGAGAAAUGAACACACUACCACACAGUGUUGUUUCUCGUCUUCUUUAGUAGUAAUCAUUUAACUUCAUCAGAUUUAUGUUUUCUGUGUCUCGUUACGUUUAUAUUGCAUGUUUGAUUCAUCCUUUAGCAGUAUUGCAUUUUCAAUCUGUGUUUUUGUUUGUUUGUUCCUGGUUUUGGGGUUUAUAUUUUCCUUUUUUUUCCACGACCCGCUCUCCUUAUUACUCCUCAUUGCAGCACAAUGCACUUGUAGCAAAGAAUGAAUUGGACGCGGUCGCAGUGUCACGGAAAGCGCUAGUAAACCCUAUAAUAGUGAUGUUGAAAUUCUCAGUUUUAGUCUAAUGUUGUUAUAGCAAACUUAAUGGUAGAAGAAGAAAAAUGAAAGAUAAAGAGAAAAACAUUUAAAGGAAAAAGAUGUAAAGAAAAACAAAAAACAAAUGUGAUAUGCACAAAAGUAACAUAGCAAGAAUCUUUCACAGUAAACACAAUUAUACUUCUAUUGCAUGCACACUCCUCCAUGGGCAGGUGAAAACGAAAGCGAACCAUGCACUUCUCCUGGUGCUGCUAGAUAACCGGAGGACUAGACAAAGACGAUAUGAAGUAUAGAAGGACUUGUUUAUGAUGGCAAACUAUUACCCCCCCCAUGCUCAGAAAUAACAUUAUUCUGUCCGAAUUCGUGAACGGAAACGAAAAUAACGCAGAAAGUUAUCAAAGUUAUCAUUAAAACUAACCGAACGGUGUAACGUUCUAAAAGUAAACAAAACAAAACAAAAAAAACACCGACACACUUAAAAAUAUAUUGAAAACGUUGCAAACAUUUUCUAAGAUCUGAUCCAGAGACAACAACACGAUGGAAGGGUGAAUAGUGUAAAAAAGAAAUCGUGCAUGUUAACAAUGAACAAUAUUUUCUACAUACUGUUUAAAAAAGAGCUACUGUUAAAAGGAUGAAAGACGAGAACAAAAAUGAACAAAAUUGGGAAAACAAUUGCAACAAAACGCAAAUUAUGUUUUAGUUUUGCGGUGUUUCUGUUGGGAUGAUAACUAAAAUGCACACAGUAACAAUAAAAAAAGUGACACACACUAGCGCAUGUUACGGAAAUGCGUGAACAUAAACAAAAGAAACUGACACUGUUAAAAUCGUGCGUAGAGCAGAUAUUAAAUUAUAUCUUAUACACACAUACUAAUAAUAUGUACAACAUACACACAUACACAUGCAUACACGAGCCUAAACUUUGAUUUUGUUCACUUUGCCUAACUCGUAACGAAGCGGGGCGGAAUCGUGAACCACAAUACACGAAGCAAAACAGUAAAACAACACUAAUCUAUAUGAAAUGAAUCUUACCAGACACAAACGAAAACAAAAACUAAUGCGCUUGUUUAUAUAGAAAAAGACGAAUAAAAGUAUAGUAAGAGCAGGUAGUUACACGAAACAGGUUUACAGAAUACAUGGAAACAAUUAAAACAGGAAGCGAAGCGAAGGGAUUAGAAGACACAAAUGAAAAAGCUAAAGCCACAAAUGGGUACACAAAAUGCUAACAGAGUAGUUCUAAAGUAAAGCAGUUAUAUAGAAAACAAAAUACGGCAUCAGUUACAAAACAGCAGCUAGAGCAAACACACCAAUUGAACAUAUUCUUCCGGCAAAACAAAGAAAACAAAUCCUUCAUGUCCCUCCCCUACCUUCCCUGUAGGGCUAACCCAGUUUCCCUUAAACAUCUCUUAACAAGCAAAACACCCCCGAGGGUGGUAUGCACACUGUUAAAGUUUAGAACUGCAUUCUGUAGAGUAUUACCAUUAAACAAAAAAAAGAAAACAAACCCCUAUAUCAAAGCAUUGUUCGCGGGAUCAUACAUGAUUGACUAAACUAUUCUAAUUCUACGUAGCUAACCGUAACCCGGAAAACUGCAAACUGAAGAUGUGUCAAUGAACGGCGUAAAAGUAUGGAGAAGAAAACGAAGGUGAACGAAAGCGAACGGCAAAGCAAAGAUGGCAUCGAUUGCAAUAAACACCCAAGUGCGUGCAAAAGCAAAAUGCAAAAAUUAAUGUAAGCAAACCAAAACACACACACAACGUUAUUAAAAAAAACAAACAAACCCCCGAACAACACUACUAUCAAGCAGAAGGCAGAUAUAUAUAUA